AACCGGACGCUAAGAGCACCACGUAUAUACGGCCACGUACGUAGUUAUCGUCCUUAUCAUCAGCCUUCGUCAAGUCGUCAACACGCGAGUGUCGUAACCUCUCGCGCGAUAUUCUUCCCUCGGGAUCGUCAUUUUGUAAAUUUCCGUGUCGGAAUUCACAUUUUCCGUCAUGUCGCUGGACGAAAGAUUUGAGAAUGCCGCCUUAGCGGUAAAAGAAUUGGCUGCGCAACCAGAAGAUGAGGAUCUACUUGAACUGUACGCAUUGUACAAACAAUCCAUCAUUGGUGAUUGUAACACAGACAGGCCAGGUAUGUUGGAUUUUAAAGGCAAAGCAAAGUGGGAUGCUUGGAACAGUAGAAAAAGCAUGGGACAAGAAACUGCGAAAGAGCAGUACAUUGCUAAAGUGGAGGCAUUAAUUGCUGCGAUUGGGAAAAAGUAGAUUUGUUAUUACGCAUACAUGUAUGCAUAAAUAAUUAUGUGUCUAAUCUCACUAAAAUGUGACACUUUUCAUUUUUAUAUGGAAAGUGCAGGAAUUAUGUAUUCACAUGUGAAUAAUUGGAUACGGAUGUAGGAUGUCAAUUUUUUCUAUUGUUUAGCAGCUACACGCACUUGUAUAAGGCUUUUUUAAUCUUGUUUUUACAAAUCUUGUAUUCACUUUAUUACAGUCAACAUAAAAUUACUUGUCGCAUA